AUGUGGCGCUUUCGGUGCGUCGCGACCGGCGUCGAGGUCGACGCGUCGCGCGAGCUCGAGCUGGGCCGGCGCCACGUCCUCUCGGACGACGCAUCGUCCAACGUCUCGCGCGUCCAGGUCGCGCUCGAAGGGAGCGACGCCGGCGUGGCUGUCGAGGGCCGUGGCCGCAAUGCAACGCUCUGGCGCCGCGACGGCGAAGUGGGCUGGCGGAAGCUGUGCGCGGGCCAGCGGGCAACGCUGCGCCACGGCGACAGCCUCGCGCUCGACGGCUCGGAGGCGAGCCGCCGCUCCGUCUUUGUGCUGCAGCAGAGGGAGCCCUCCGUGCUGCCCUCGCCCAAGCGGCCGCGCCCUUCGCCGCAGACGGAGCCGGCGGAGCGGCUCCCAUCGCCGCCGGCGGCAAGGGUACCACCAGCCUCCUCGCCGGGCGCGGACGGUUUCACCACCGCCGCCGCCGCCGUCGCCCCCGCCGCCCCUGCCGCCACCUCGGGCGGCGGCAAGUUGCCGCGGCCGGCCGGCGGCUCUCUCAAGGCGCUCACGAUCAAGCAGCCGUUUGCCUCUGCGAUCAUGGCGGGCGUCAAGCGGGUGGAGAACCGGAGCUGGGCGCCCAACCUGCCGCCCAGCGGGCUGUGGGUCGCAGUGCACGCCGCCGCCUCGUUCCACCCCUCGGGUCCGGAGCUCGACGCACUGCGGUCCGCCUGGCCGGCGAAGAAGCCGCCCGAGGCGCGCUCUAGCCGGGAGGACGCGUCCACGACGCGCGCGAUCCUCGGGUUGAUGCACGUGCGUGACGUGCUCCCCGUCGCGCGCUGCUCCGCCGACCCACUCGCCCAUGGCCCAAAGUGCUGGCGCAUCGACGCCGUCCACAGGCUCGAGAGGCUGGAGCAGUGCUUCGGAGUCAUGGACGAGGCGCUCGCGAAGGCGGUCGCCGCGAUGGCGCAGAAUCUGCGAGCCGCCCAGCGCGAGGCUGUCCCCACGACCGGCGUUGCCACAACUCUUGACGGUCUUUGUGGCGUGGGCGGCGCCCGGCUGCCGUGGGAGGAGGAGUGGCACGCGUUUGCCGACGCUCAGGCAAAAGCCAAGGUAAAGAUUGCAGCUCCUCCGGACUCGGCGCUGGACUCGGUUGCGACGGCAAAGGAGUGCAAGCUCGACGCCGGCGCUGCGACUGCGACCGCUGACGGCACCACCGUGCCUUCAGUAACAACUGGCUCUGACCGUUCCGAUGGGCACAGCCCUCUGCGUGGGCCUUUGCCUGUGCAGCAAGGCAUGGACGACGCGACCACGAGACGACGCGACGAGGAGGAGCCGUCCUCCACCGACGAGGAGGAGCCGUCCAAGGCGACGGAGGCGCACAAGGCGGUGGAUCUGGGAAAGCAGAUCCUCGGCGGCAACCAAGAUCUCUCCCGCCUCAUCAAGAUCUGA